AUAGAGGGAUCCUAUAUAGUGCACCUGACGCUGGCUCCGCCUUCCCCCGGGCUUUGUGGCGGGAGCGGGUGUGCGGCGUCCUCUCUGUAAGAGAUCAACCCUUAAGUCUGUCGUCUCCUCCUUCUAUCUCACCAUGAGACAUGUACGUACCUCUCCUCGGGCCACAGUUACUGCUGGCAGCGGGGUGAAGAACAUAGUCAAGGGACAUCAGCACUCAAGGGUUGUUGGAGCGCACAAGCAGCGAAUCCCUGAGAGAGAGGUUCCGGCAGCCAGGACUAAGGUGGCAAGGACAAUCAGCCUCCAGCCUCAUGAACGCCAGGCCUUCUAUCAGCUCUUGGAUUGUGACAUCAUUCAGCAGUUCCUGUCAAUGGAUAUUUGCCUUCGGAUCUCUGACAAGUAUCUAAUAGCAAUGGUUCUUGCAUACUUCAAACGAGCAGGCCUGCGAGUCAGAGAAUAUACAGCAAUGAAUUUCUUUGUUGCUCUAUACCUUGCAAAUGACAUGGAGGAGGAUGAAGAGGAUUACAAAUAUGAAAUAUUUCCAUGGGCUUUGGGUGAAUCGUGGCGAGACAACUAUCCCCAGUUUCUACAGCUCCGAGACCACUUGUGGGCCAGAAUGAAAUACAGAGCAGUCGUGAGCAGGAAGUGUUGUGAUGAGGUGAUGUCUAAAGAUCCCUCUCAUUGGGUAUGGCUCCGUAACCGUCCAAUACACCAUAGUGGGGCACUCAGGAGUUACCUUCGAGAUGAAGAUCUCUUUCCUAGAGGUCCUGGUGUGACUCCAACCAGCUGUGUUCUGUGCCGGAGGUCCAGCACUGAUGAAUCUGAUACAAUGACUAGCAGCAACUCUUCACCAGAAUUAAGUUCAUUUGCUUUUUCAAAUUGUGAAUGGUCUCAAGACCUCAUCUUGUCCCCACCUAUGCUUCUGGAUCCAGAGUCUGUCUACGAUAUCAACAGACUGGAACCUGGAGGGACAACCCUGGAAUGGUGCCUCUAGCGCUAUGUGAAUGCUUGAUGAUACUUUUCCCAAAGCCAGUAUGCAAGAAACUUAAAGCACUUAUCCUGUAUCCUUCAUUGCCUUGUGUAGAACUGGGGACCUAAUUUGGGUCUAUGAAUAUUUAUCUAAAUUAUUAACAUUAUAGAAUGUCUGUCUGUAUUACAGUCUGUAAAAGUGGUAUGUUCUGUGGGUUGGUCACAAAUGAUCACCAGGUGUAUAUUGAAUUGGUUACUAAAAGGCAUUGUAAAAUGUUCCAUAGUCACUAUGGAGUCCCAAGUCUGAAGUAUUGCACUUUUUACAACCUGCACUUUACAAAAAAACAAAAAAUGAAGUCCAUGUGAUGCUAGCGAUUCCUGCAUUGGCAGUAACUGCAAUCUUAAAUGUGUGAUUGCCACCAAGGUUGUGGAGAAGUUUUGCAGUAGUUUGUAUGCUGUUCAUGUAUGUCCACUUUUAAAUAAAUGUUUAAUGUCUUAUUCUCAA